CAUACUUCACAUCAGUCAUUUUUUAUGGUUUUCUCUCUUUAACCUCUAUUUAGAAAUUUUUGAUCAACAUUUAUCUGGUAUCAAUAGAAAAUAACAUAAAAUACGCAUUGACAGAUGAAAAUUCUUCAAUAACACCGUAAAAAUGAUGUCUCGUUUUUUUGGUGCCAUUUUCAAAAACAGGUUAACUCAUGACAUUGGACGUAGUGCAGUCAACUUUAAUGCAUCAGUUGCAAGUAGUUUAAAAUGUAUUCAACCUCAGUCUUCUGUCAACUGUUCUGCAGUUCAACAUUCACGUCUUAACUCGUCACUUUCCUCAUUGAUGAAUUUUCCUCUCAGUCACAAAAUCAGAUCGUCCAAUUCAACAACUUUUCCUAUUCUUAAUUCUCCCAACACAGACCUAAAAUUACAAUCACAGGUACGGAGUUAUGUCAGAUUCAAUAGAACAACUGGAAAACGUGAAACUGUUGGAGAAGUUUUACAACGUUUCUAUCGAUUGAAUUGGGGUAUAUGGAUAAGAACUAGAGCCGGAAGACACAGAAAGAUAUGGACAAAAAGACAGUCUAGGAUAACACGGUUACGCCAGCAUAUAUUUACUAAUUCCCAGCAAUCAUGGAUGUUAGACAAAAUGGUAUGUCCAUACUGGAGAAAACCAAAGUAUUACGUUGAUGAUCCGUACGAACCGUACCAUAAAAGAGAAGAAUAUUGGACUACUAGAACAAAACCGCAGCCUUGAUUUAAUACUAUUGUACUUGGCAAUUAAAAUUAAGAUUUUCAAAGGUAUAAUACAAUAAGUUGAUUAAAUAUUACCAAA